AUGCGAUGGUCAGUUGAUUUCGCACAAGACAAUCUCUCAAAUAAAUCGCUUUGUUUGUCGGGGUUGUCGAAUCGUGGGAAGAAUCGCCUGUACGAUACGAAAAAUUUGUAUGGUUUAAAUGAAGCGAUCCACACGCAAAAAGCAGUUUAUAAAGCAACCGGAAAGCGUGGAUUCAUCCUCACAAGAUCAACAUUCCCAUCAUCCGGACACUAUGCUGGUCAUUGGCUUGGCGAUAACUACGCUGAUUUUGCAUCACUUCGAGCUUCAAUCAUUGGCAUCCAGGAAUUCAAUAUGUUCGGCAUUCCGUAUGUUGGCGCUGAUAUCUGUGGAUUCAACGAAAAUACCACCGAGGAGCUCUGCCUGCGAUGGCAGCAAUUGGGUGCUUUCUAUCCGUUCAUGAGGAAUCACAACAAUAUUUUUUGUAUAGCUCAAGAUCCAGCAGCUUGGCCAUCAGUCGCAUCAGCGGCAGGACAAGCUAUAUAUUUUCGCUACUAUUAUCUGCCCUACUUAUACAGGUUUGUCUCAUUAUUGUUUUGA